GGGGAGAAUUGUCGCUGGUGAGUUUGGGUUAGGGUUUGGGGUUGGGGUUUGAGGAAGGUGGAGCGGAGGAGGAGAGGGAUGGAAGCCAUGUUUCCAAGGUGAUGACUCAUCACCGGAGCGCUGACGUGGCCUAGGAUUGCCACGCUGGAGUGCUGCCAACGGCUAGCUGAGCUGGCUAAGUUCCAAUUUUUACCCAGAUUGGUCCCUCCUAGUAUAAUUAACCCUAAAUCCCCAAAUUCUCAUACACAUCCCCUCUUCGUCUUGUUCACCUCUUCUUCUUCUUCUUUUAUACACUUGUUCCUGUUCAUGCACUCUCAUCCGGGGCUGCUACUCAUGUCGAUAAUGGGUGGAGGUAGCACUGCAGGUGGAAGCUCUGUUCGUUCCCCAUCUAGCUGGAACCGGAGUAGAACGCAAAUGAAGAGCAGAAGAUCGGCCCUGCCAGAAUGGUGCGGCUGUGGCUGUAGGCCAGUUCUCAGAUGGUCUGGCACAGAUUCAAAUCCGAAUAAACCGUUCUAUGGCUGCCCCAAUUAUAAUACAAGUGGGAAGAGAUGGUGCGGGCUUUUUGUGUGGGCAGAUUCUGUGAAUGAGGAACAGGUUGAAAAGUCAGAAUCGUGUGGUGAUGAAGUGAAGAUCAACGUUGAUUGGAGGCUUCGAAGGUUGGAGGAGGAUGUCCAGAUGCAAAAAGUGAUGACCCAGUUGUUAGUGUUAGCUCUGUGUGUAUUGACAGUGUUGUUGGUGAUCCUGUAUUGUAAAUGAUGAAUGAAUUGGUGGUUUUGGGUUCGUUGUUAUCAACAUUUGUAAAAAUCUACUUCUUGAUGGAAUGAAAAGUGCU